AUGGCGUCUUCUUUAAAAGCACCGGAGCCGUUCUCCUUUUCGUCCCCCAAUCUCGCUGCUGAGUGGAAAAUGUGGCGGCGUCAGUUCGAGUAUUACAUUUUAGCCACUCGAAAAGCGGAAAAAGACGAAGAAGUUCUUGUUGGUGUCUUGAUUACUCUUCUCGGGGUGGAGGGCCCAAAAAUCUUCGACACAUUUGUAUUUGCAACGGCUGGGGAUGAGAAGAAAAUCAAGUCAGUGCUGGAAAAGUUUAAUGACCAUUUUGAACCCCUGAAAAGUGAAGUUUUUGAGCGCUUUAAGUUUUUGCGUCGCCAUCAGCAACCAGGGGAAUCUUUUGACUCGCGGAUCGUGUGUCUCAUAGGCAUGGUGAAAGGGUGUAACUAUGGUGUGUCGGUUGAGUCUGUUCUUCGCGAUCAAAUAGUACUGGGUGUGCCAGACUCUCAAACGCGUGAAAAGCUUUUGUUUGAGAAAUCUUUGGAUCUUGCGAAGGCGUGUGAUAUUGUUCGGGCCUGUGAGGCGUCGAGGGCACAGCUCUCGCAAAUGGCGUCUGAUUUGAACAUUCGCCGCCCGGAGGAUUCGGUGCAUCAUUUUUCUGACAAGAGUGCUAAACGAUUUCCAGGCGCUAGUGGAGGGACAAGACCAAAAACUUAUAGUGGUGGUGCAAUGCCGAAACUUUUUGAUUGUAGUGGUUGCGGAAGGCAGCAUGCGAAAAACCAGUGUCCAGCUUUUCAUAUCACGUGUUUUUCGUGUGGCGAUAAGGGCCAUUUCUCGCGUCGUUGCAUUAAUCGCCGGCAGCAUUCUGGUUCUCGUGCUUCACCUAAUUCAUCUGGGAUACGUCCUGCAAGUAAUCCCGCUCAAAAGGGAACCAAGAUGCAGCUUCAUUCCGUAGAGGAGACAGAUGAUAAACCAGGAGAAGGCUCUGUGGAGGAGUAUGUUUUUCAUGAAUUGCGCCAUGAACAACAUUCGGCGUCUUCAGCGAGUGAGUGGAGUGAAAUUUUGACGAUGGAUGGAGUCAAACUGACUUUUAAACUUGAUUCGGGAGCUUCGUGCAAUGUUCUCCCCCAGGAAGUUUUUCUCCGAUUACCAGCCAGACGUCAACGACUUCGGCCGGGACCUCGUCUUCGUCGCUACGGGGCCAAACACGGUUAUUUAUCGGUACUUGGUGUCCACACGGCAAAAGUGUUGGUUAAUGGUACUGUAAAUAUAGAAGAUUUCGUCGUGGUGGAUGAACCUGGCCAGCCGUCAAUUUUGGGUCUCCCGUCAUGUCAACGACUUAAUCUUAUCAAGCGUGUUCACUCGAUUCAGCCGGAAGUUUCUUCCCCCGUUCCUGAAGCUGUCACGGAAUUCUUCGAUGUUUUUACGGGACUUGGAAAAUUGCCGGUGGAACAUACUAUCAAGUUGAGUACGGGCAGUAAUGCAGUGGAUCCAGUUAUUUCUGCUGCAGGAAGACUUCCGUUCCGACUGGAAGAGACAGUGCGCAAGAAGCUGGACCGAAUGGUGGACGAUGGCAUCAUAAUUCCUGUAUCUGAGCCAACUGAUUGGGUGAGCCGCAUGUUGGUAGUCAGCAAAGCAGAUGGUGACGUUCGCAUCGUCCUUGAUCAUUCUAAUUUAAACAAGGCUGUUCUUCGUCCACAUUUCUCGGUUCCUACCGUCGAGCAGUUGUUUGCAAAAAUUGGCAAAGCAAAGUUUUUCUGCAGUCUAGAUGCAGCGCAGGGUUUUUAUCAAAUUCCCUUAUCGGAGGAGUCAUCCUUUUUGUGCACCAUGGCUACGCCCUGGGGCCGAUACCGCUUUCUUCGCUUGCCCUUUGGGUUAAAAUCUGCACCGGAAGUGUAUUUACACACUAUGUCGGAGCUGUUUGGGGAUCUUAGUGGUGUUAUUAUCUACUUUGAUGACUUUUAA